AAUCGUCUGCCAGCAGUCCAGUAAUACAAGUUCGUGAAGUGAUGAGGACAGAUGGAAAUGGUGUCGGCGGAACGGUUACUAGCACUUAUCAUUUGCUGUUGCAUUUGUGCAGCAUAUGCGAAACUUUCACAUUUCAGACGCUUAUCACCUUACAAUUUUAAAUUGCGCAAUAAUUUGCCAUCUGCAUACAGCUACAAGACGCAGUAUAUCACUCAGAACAUUGACCAUUUUGGCUUUGACAAUGGGAAGGCAUUCCAGCAGCGCUACCUUGUGGCAAAUCAGUUUUGGAACAAUGAUGGCGGCCCCAUUUUCUUUUAUACAGGCAAUGAAGGAGAUAUCACAUGGUUCUGCAACAACACAGGUUUUAUGUGGGACAUUGCUUCUGAAUUUAAAGCCUUGUUAGUGUUUGCCGAGCACCGUUAUUAUGGAACUUCUUUGCCUUAUGGCUCAGCUUCUUUCACGAAUUCUUCAACCCUAAACUAUCUGACAGCAGAGCAGGCUCUGGCAGACUUUGCCGUUUUGAUCAAGUACCUUAAGCAGACAAUCCCUGGUGCUGGCCGCAGCCCUGUCAUAGCAUUUGGAGGCUCUUAUGGUGGCAUGCUGUCAGCCUGGAUGAGACUCAAGUAUCCAAAUCUAGUGUUAGGUGCAGUUGCAGCAUCAGCACCAAUCUGGGAGUUUGAAGGACUUUCACCAUGUAACUCAUUUUUCAAGAUUGUACAGCAGACUUUCAUGUCAGCCUCAGACCAUUGUGUUGCCAAUAUUGCCAACUCAUGGGGCACUAUUCAGAAUUUUUAUGGACAAUCUGGAGGUUUGGAGUUCCUAACCAGUUCCUUCAGUCUUUGCAAGCCUCUGGAAUCCAAAUAUGACCUGGAAGACUUGAUGAACUGGCUUGUUGAUAUCUAUGGCAAUCUGGCAAUGGUGGAUUACCCAUACCCUGCUUCAUUCCUGGAACCUCUUCCAGCAUGGCCAGUCAAGGAGUUCUGCCAGUACUUGUCAGUUCCACUUUCUGACAAGGACUUGGUGGUGGGCCUUUCCAAUGGGGUGAAAAUGUACUUUAACUACACGGGUCAAGCUACAUGCCUAAAUAUUUCAGAGUCCUCCACAAGCAGUCUUGGAGACAUGGGCUGGAGUUACCAGAGCUGCACAGAGAUGGUAAUGCCAAUGUGCUCCAAUGGCACGACCAUGUUCUACAACAUGCCUUGGGAUUAUACAGCCUACAGUGUGGAGUGCAAGAAUCAGUGGGGUAUCACACCAAGAGAAGACUGGAUCAGCACUCAGUACUGGGGAAAAGACAUCCAAUCAGCCACAAACAUAAUCUUCAGCAAUGGCCAGCUGGAUCCCUGGUCAGGGGGUGGUGUCUUGCAGACAGUGUCAUCAUCACUCAUAGCUAUCCAGAUUCCGUAUGGUGCUCACCACCUUGAUCUUCGAGCAGCAAAUCCUGGAGAUACAGCUUAUGUCAUAGAGGCCCGAAUACAGGAAAAGAACAUUCUUAAAAACUGGAUCUAUGGCAUUCCCUCUUUCUGAUUGGUUACAUUGACCAUAAAUACUGUAUUUAAAGAUGGCGAGACUUAUCAGUGAGUAGACGUUUUAAUUGAAGCAAAUCUUAUACAUAGUAUUAUUUUUCUGAAGAUUUGUGCCAAAUAUUUACAAUACAUUCCUUAAUUGUCAUGAUGUAUAGUAAACGUUCUUAAGAGUUUUAUUUUGACUGAUUAUGUUUCCAACUAUUUUAUUUUGAUAUGUGUGAGCUACCACCCUUUUUAUGAUUUCCUUGUUGAUCACAUACUCUGCACAUGCAUGUUUGGUCAGUUUGAACAUAUUUUGAUUUUGUACUGGUAAAUGCACAGCUUAGAUAAGCAUACACUGUCCUAGCUUUUCUUUGAUGUCUUCCCUUAAAUAUGCUUCAUGUACUGCUUUUAAAAAUACACACUAAGAGUACAAUUUGAUCUCAGUUCUUAACUAAACCCAUACAUAUUGUUCCCUGAAAGAAUAUUUGGGCAAGAGACUACUAUGUAAAAUAGGAAAGUCUUAUGUCAGGAAGAUAUUAGCUUAUUUUUUUCAUGUUCAUAAAGCAGAGAAAGUUAUAGACAUCCUACUGCUCAGUGGUUCACAGCUUGUCUAUAUAUUGUUUAUGGGCAAAUUCAUCUGUUUCAAAGUUUUGGAAGACAUUCAAAUGUAUGAAGUGUUCAGCUUCUACACAUAUGAUGAUGCAUGUACAUAUCAGGUCUGAUUAUUUUGAGAUUUUGCAUUGUAUUGAUGCUUACUUGAAUAAACUCAGACAUCAUACUUUUCUAUUUG